UAUUUGGUGACAAGAUGUUCUCUCCUCAUACAUUUCUUGAACAAUUCAUUGCCACCAAAGUGUGCAGCCAGAAGCUAUUUCAUCGUAUUUGCAGCAACUUCCUAUUUUCUUUUUGUGGAUUUGAUCCAAAAAACUUAAACAUGAGUCGCUUGGAUGUUUAUAUGGCACAGAGUCCGGCAGGAACAUCUGUUCAGAACAUGCUACACUGGGCCCAGGUGUUUCAUUCUGGUCUGUUCCAAGCUUUUGAUUGGGGAAACCCUUAUCAGAACAUGUUACACUUCCAACAGUUUACACCUCCCUUAUACAACGUUACUAAGAUGGAAGUGCCAACAGCAAUGUGGAGUGGUGGACAUGACAUUGUGGCUGAUCCCAGGGACAUUGAAAGUUUACUCCCGAACAUCACCAGACUUAUUUAUUACAAAUGUAUUCCACACUACAAUCAUGUGGAUUUUUACCUUGGACAGGAUGUGACCCAGGAAAUUUACCAAGACCUAAUUAGAAUGAUGGAGGACUAUUUCUAAAAUUAAACACACUUACCUUUUUCUAAGCAGCAAGUUUUCAUGAUAAUAAUGUGGCACACAGACCCAAAGGCGACCCCUCCAAUGAUUUUUACCUCCUCAUGUCCGUGCAUUUGUGUAGCUCACCUUCCUUGAGUUCGGGAGGCACCUGAGACUUGCUCCUAGAAUUAGCAGAGGUGAUGGGAUG